AAAUUCGAUGUGCGAGUGGUGCGAUUGCGAUUACAAAUGCAAAGCGAAGGCAAGCAAGGUUAAGAUCAUUUUUUGUGGUUACGAUUACGAAUUUUGUUUGGAUGAUUCAUGAAAUGAAUUAUCUAAAUACAAUUGAAGAAUAACUAUCUAGUUUGGUGCAAGGAUUGGUGUAUAUUAAAAUAUCCUCGUAAACACAAUGACUACCAGUGACAAUAAGUGUGAAGGAAAUGGCCCUUGUUUUAUUGUGAUGAAGUCUUAUUGAUGAGUCUGUUUAUCAAGAUUGUUUAUUUCAUGUGUAUGAGUGGAAGUGCCUUGCUUCAAAAUGCCUUUCGACUUUUUGUGUUGUGUGAGGCCCGGAGUAGAAGAUGUUAUGGAACUAGACUACUCACACCAGUCUCUUUCUGAUGUUCCGACGGAAGUGUUUGUGUACGAGAGGACCCUCGAAACUUUGUAUUGCCAAAGUAACCGUAUUACUGAAUUACCACGCCAGCUUUUUAUGUGCCAUGGGUUGAAAUAUCUCGAUCUCAGUGAUAACGAGCUGCAAGCCAUACCUGUCGCCAUAUCAUCUUUGGUUAAUUUACAGCACCUGAAUAUAAGUAGAAAUACACUAGCGUCUAUACCUGAAACUAUGAAAGCACUGAAGUUUUUAGUAUUUUUAGACCUUAGUGUGAAUCCCCUGGAGAAAUUGCCAGAUGCUAUCACCAAUCUGAUUGCAUUGCAGGAGCUUUAUUUAAAUGAUACUUAUCUAGAAUAUUUGCCAGGCAAUUUCGGAAGAUUGGCAAGUUUACGAAUUCUAGAGUUGAGAGAUAAUUAUUUGAUGAUUUUGCCAAAAUCCUUGUCUCGUUCUACCGAAUUGUUGCGAUUAGAUAUAGGGCAAAAUGAAUUUCAACAGUUCCCUGAAGUGAUUGGAAGAUUUACAAAGAUAAGAGAAUUAUGGAUGGACAGCAACAGUUUGACAAGUAUUCCUGCCUGUAUAAAGCCUUUAGAAUGUUUGGUUCAUCUUGAAGCCAGUAAUAAUAUGAUAGAAGAGUUAGCUCCUGAAAUAGGAUACUGUACACAGUUGGUGGACCUGAGCCUUUCCAUAAACAGUUUGACGCAACUGCCUGAUACCAUUGGACAGUUAAGUAAUUUGACAACACUGAAGUUGGACAAUAACCGGUUGUAUGCAAUACCAGACAGCAUAGGGCAGUUAGCAAAUUUAGAGGAACUAAUAUUAAUGUGCAACUACUUAGACAAAAUUCCUUCUUCCAUUGGUUUACUAAGAAAACUGCAAUAUCUAAAUGUUGAUGAUAAUAUGUUAAGGAUGAUCCCUCCAGAAAUAGGAAGUUGCUCAAAAUUGUCAGUGUUAUCACUUCGUGCAAACAAACUGACAAAGAUCCCUCCUGAAGUAGGCCAUUUGUCAUCUUUGAGAGUUUUGAAUUUGGUGAGAAAUUCACUGAGUUAUCUUCCUCAGUCCUUGUUAAAUUGUGAUAAUUUAGUAGCACUCUGGUUAUCUGAAAACCAGAGUAAACCUUUAGUGCCUAUGCAUUCUGAAGUAGAUCCCCAUACUUAUGAACAAGUCCUCACUUGUUUUCUUUUCCCCCAAGUGCCUUUAACCCCCAUGGAAAUCAAACCAGAUGAAAAACCAGAAAAUAUAGAUUCACAACCACCAGCCCGACAUAUUAGCUUUGUUGACAUGAAAGCAAUACCUAAAAUACCUGAAAAACCAGGUCAGUUGAGAAGAGCGCCAACUCCUUAUCCAAAAGAACUGAGAGCAUUAGCAAAGCAUGCUAGAAAUAUUCAGAAAGAUGGAACUCAGGAUGUAUCACCUCCAAUGCAAAAUGCAGUCCAUAUCAAAGCUGCCAAGAUCACUCCUACACUACAACAAAGAUUUGCUUCAGACAAUAAAAUUGAAACAGAAAGUUGUGGAAAUGAUAAUCCUGAUGGCAUACCUCAAGAUAUUAUGAAAAUGUCUGUUUAUGAUAAUCUUCCAGUUGACAAUGCUUAUGAUAAACCUUUAGAUCUGAACUAUGAAAAGGAUGCAUCAUAUAAAAGUGUUGACCAUGCUCUAUACCCAGAUAACAAUGGUGGUACAAAUAAUGAUUUCAAAAGUGAUAAUGUAGAUCAUUAUGCAUUAUCUCAAAGAACUUAUAGUACAAAACAAACUGACAAUUAUUCGUCUAGGCAGGAUAUUAAUAGACCAAAUGCUUCUAUUGUGCAAAAUUUGUAUGGGAACCAUCAAGUUGAAUUACACAAGAAACAUCCAGUUACCAAUGACAAUUGUUACAGAAAUAGUUUAGAAGAAACCCGCAAUAGGCUGAAAGUUCUCACUUUGAACUCACAAGAAAGGUGUUUAAACAAUGAAAACAAAAUAUCACCUCAUUUUGAAGAUAAAACUUAUAAUAAGCAGAGACCGACACUCAUUGAAAAUAUUUCACAUUUUGAACCCAUAUAUCCCAGAAAAGAUCAUGUUGCUUGCCAUCCUCUGUCUGAAGGGAAUUACAGAGAAAGUGUAUAUGAUAAUGAAACAUCAUACUCUCGAGGCAAAGAAAAAAUAUAUGGUCAACGAAAUUAUGAUACCUAUAGUUAUCAAGCACAUGGCAGCCGUGAUUUGUCCAGUCCUCGGAUUCCUACAGUUAGUCAAGUAGUAAGCUCCACAACAAUGCCAAAUUUAAGUAAUUAUAAUAGUACAUAUCCAAGUUCUGACAUAGAUAGUUCUCAUUAUUCAUCUUCAACACAUCACACAUCAACACCAAAUGCAAAUGUUUAUUGUGUGCCUUUAAGUCCUACAUAUGUAUCUUCUCAGUCUCCUGAACUGUAUUCACCCACUGGCCAUACAAAUUCCACAAAUCCUUAUCGUAUGACAAACACGCCUCUUAUAUCAGAUGAUGGUAGUUACAGCCAUAUGAACUCUCCAACCAGUCAAAAUAUGUUUGAUUUGUAUGCAACUUUGCCAAAAUCAAACCCACCAAGUGUCGCAAGUCACCGUCACAGCCCCAAUGUAUUAUCAGAACCAGUCUACAACCGUGGCCAGCCGCCGCCAUAUCACAUUGCCGCUCCCUACACAAAACAUGCACAAUAUUUUAAUGGUACUGGAGGAUAGUGACGACAGAUCCAAGGAAAACGGAAAUGUUUUCUACAUAGAACACAUUCUUGUGAACGUUAUUAAAGUGGUACUUAAAAAUGCAGCAGCGACAUUUAAAAUAGGGUAAAUAUGCUCAACAUCGCGUCGCUCUGGUCCUCCCAAACAAAGGUUUGGUUUUACUUUGACUAGGUAUGUAGGUACCUAUCUGAAGUUAUAAAAUAUAUUGCUACUUACAGAAAAUAUUUGUAAUAUUUUCUGAUAAUAAUAAAGCUUUUGAUUUAAUACAACAUGCAUAAUCAUGAUGAUAAUUUAAAAAAUGAAAAAAAAAAGCUUGAAUAUAGCAAAAGAAGUAGGCAGAAGGUGUGAGUAUGUAAGAAUUUAAAAAAUCCUACCUAGUAGUAGGCAUAUUUACCCUAUGGAAAGAGUUCCUGCGAGAAAUCGAAUAAAAUUUUCAUGCUGAUCUGCAAACGCCACGUAAGUACAAAAACUGAGAAGCACUCUUACAGAAUUCAAAAUUUUUGUUUUGACAGAUAUUCGAUUUUAUGUAAGGAAUCAUAUUAAUUGGAUGUGCAAUUCAAAUGUGAUAUAAUGUAAUAAAGUCGGAGUUGAGUAUGUAAUAAGGUGCUAAGAGUUGGAUCAUAUUGUUUUAAUUGGAACAUAAGCAGAAUAUUAUUAUUAUGAUAAUAUUUGAAGUAUAAAAUAUAAAUAAAAUAAAUGUUUUCAAUGAAAUGUGGCAAAGUCUAAGCAUUUAGAAAAUUGUAGGUACUGUUUAGUACAACUUGUAACAACUAUGUUGUCUCUACAAUGUCAAACAAAUAGACAUUGGAAGAAAGUAUACUUUUAGAUUUAGUAUGAUGUUAUGUAUUAUAUAUCCGUAUUAUACUAUUAUUAUAUAAACUUAAUGGGAAAGUCAAACCUAAAAUAUGUGUAUUUAUUUGCUCAUUAUUUUCUAUAAAUUUUUAUAUAGAGUAGGUAUAUUUUUUAUUUUUUUAUAGAUACAUUUAUAAAUUAUGUUUUAAGUUCAUUCAUACACACUUACAUUCUAUAUCUUCAGGGUUAUAUACUUAUUGAAUUAAAGUUCACUUAUGUUACAAACUGCUGAUAAUUUACUUUUAUAUCUGUACCACCGUUCGCCCGCGGCUACGCUUGUACAGUACCAUAUGUACUUCUCUGUACUCCUAUUUGUAGUGCAAAAUUUUAUUGAGAUUUCGGUUCUUUAGUUUUGACUUGAAAGACGAACAAACAAAUAUUUUUUCACAGUAUGAAUAUGUAUUUCCGAUUUGCAUAUAUAAAAUUUAUUUCAAGUGGAAUGUUACAUCAUUUAAGAUAAUUUUAGCUAGGUAGGAAUAUAAAUUGUUUUUUUAUUCUUUGUCAUAUGACUGUCCGUUUAUUGUAAUGUUUUUUGCCGUCUCAAUGGUAGUUCUGAGCCUAUAACGCAGAGGGCGAAACAAUUCAAAUCUCUCGUCAUGUCGAUAACCUAGAGACAUAAAUAUAAAUAAAAUAAUUAAAGGGUUAUAAUAUGUAUGUAGUUAUGCAUAUUUUUCAUUUAGUAUAGAAAAAAGCAUGCAAAUGGGAUCUUAACCUGGUAACCCUUAAAUGCCAAUUAAAAAUUAUAAUAAGUAGUUAUUACUCAGAAAAAAUAUAGUUAUAAUACAAUAAAGCAAGAGAAACAGCAAAUCAAACAAUUUUCAACAUCAAGUAGGUACCUUUAGAUGCGCAUAGAUAUUUAUGUGCAUUACAUAAUAACGACAUUAUAUUAUACACACAUACACAUAUAUGCGUAAAUAAAAUAAAACGUCAUUAUUUAUAUAAAAUAUUAUAUAUUUUCUAAACUGUAACAUUUAAGAAUAAACAUAUUUGUAAAGCAAUUCCUAUAUGACCUGUUCCUUUUUCAGAAUAUGUCAUCUCGCUACAUUUAAAUUAACAAAUACAUUUGAUUAAAAUGUGAUUUAAAAAAAAUUUAAGCGGCGACUAAGGGAUAGACUUAUACACUUGGGAUUCUUGUUUUAGGCGAUGGGCUAGCAACCUGUCUCUAUUUGAAUCUCAAUUUUAUCAUAAAUCCAAACAGCUCAACCUGGCGUACCAGUCUCUUCAAGACUUUUGGCCGUUGUACCACGUAAGGGAUAAAGACUUGACUAUAUGAAUGAAUGAUAAAAAAAAUAAUAUAAUUCAACUAGAUCCUCGAAGUCGCACUUCAUAGCUUUAUUUUUAUAAUCAAAUUGCUGCUUCAUAAAAAGUCUUGCCUAACGUACUUUUUGUAAUUGAUUUUCAAUUUAAUUUUUUAAUGCAAUCGCUUUUAUUCGACCUUAGAACAUAAACAAACAAAAGUCUUUUAUGAUUCGGAAAUGCAAUUAGUAAUUUAUUUACAUGAAUUCAUGCUACCUAUCAAGACAUCCAGUCCAUAAGAUAUUUAUUUGUAUGAAUAUACAAAACUAUUUUUUUUCAUUUUACUGAUAUUAAUCUAUUUGUCACCAGUUUUGUCCAUACUGAAAUUUUAUAUACAUAUUUAUCUUAUAGUUUAUAGUCUUAAUUUGCAUUGCAAAAGCAAAGUCCUUUUUAAGCUUUAAUAUUUAUAACAAUAUGCAAUAUAUGUUUUAAUACCUUUAUGUUAAAAAAUACGAUGUUAUUCAGUGCACUGCCUUUCACCUAAUGCUUUUGUUAGUGUUAUUCUACUUAAAAGCACUUUAGGGCACAUGUUGAUGACCCUUUCUUGAUUUUACAAUAUAACAUCACUUAUCAUGUAUUUUAAUUUUAAUUGAUAAAAUUUAUAUAGGUAAUUCUGAAUAGUUGUUAAAAUAUUUUUUUUCAUUUUUAUUAGAGGAAGGAUUGAUGAAAAUAUCUUCUUAUCUUAUCUAUGUAUAAACUAUCUAUGAUUUGAUUUUUAAUAUUUUUUCAAAGCUGUUUAAUUCUCUGUUAAACUAUAAUAACAAUACAAUUUAUCAAAACUUGUCCAAACUACUUCACAUCAUAAAACUAAAAUUAUAAAUAGUAAUAAUUGUAAAUGUAUGUUAUUUAUACCUACAUAUUAAAAAUAUAAAAAAUAUGUUAAUAUAUUUUUCUCCAACUGUGAUGACGUGUAUAAUUUCAACAACUUAAUAGCCCGAAGUAAUAAAGAAUCUAGUCAAUAAUAAAAGUUUAUUUGUGAAUUAAAUAAACUUUGUCAGGGGGUUUAAAAUGAUACAUUUGCAGUAUGUUUUUAAUAUUGGGACCAUUUAUUGAGCAUUACAACAUAUUUGAUCAAACAUAAUUCUAUGCUUAAAAUUUAAACAUAAAUAAUAACAUAUAUAAUUUUAUGAAUAUCUUCAAAUGGAUUUUACCUGUUAAAUUUUUUGGACAUUUAUUAAUAAUGUUAAUUAUUUGUGUACUUGAAAAUUAAGAAAUAAGUUUAAAGUGUGAGCAAUAUUAUAAAAUUUCAAUUGAAAUAAAGAAGGAUUUAUAUUAUCUACGUAUUUAUAAACAAAUAUAUUAACAGUUUAUUCUAAAGAUAAGGUUUGGUACUGCGAAUAAGUGUCCGCCAAGUUAAUCACUAUGCACAAAUAUAACUAAUUAAAAAAUGAGAAACUUGAUGUUUGUCAUACUAUAACAAUUAAUUAUAAGUCAGUGUUGGCAACAGAUGGCAAAAUAGUACUUAAAUUUUAAUAUCAGGAAAUACGUUAUGCCAUAAAUUGUAUGAUCAAACAUUGUAUAAGAAAACUAAUGCGCCACAUUUUCUGAAGACUGAAACGUAAAACAUAUCAUAUAAUUUAUCAUUGUAUUUUUUUUUGUACAUUAGUUUCUAUUUUUGUAAUUCUGUAAAUAUCAACAUUUCAUGUAAUGAUUUUAUGUACUUAAUCGUAAUUUACAAAAAUAUAAUAAUUGCAUACUCAUGAUUGGGGGGAAUAUGGGCAAUAAACUUAAAUAUUAUUAUGAUGUUUACAAUUAAGGUAUUCUUUUAUUGCUUAUUCAUAAACUUAUCUAUAUUUCUUUAUUCAAGAUAGUUGUAUUUUUUUGUGUUAUGCUUAAUGUAGUAGUUUUUCCAUUACACACUUACAUUCUCUUGUUAGAUCGAUUUUGUUUCAAUUUGCGGAUUUAACUUAGUGGAAUUAAUAAAACUUUGCCCGCGUAAUACUUUGUAACUCUGUCCAUUCUGAUAUUUCAACCCUUAUUUAUUAUGUAUGAAGAAGUUGUAGUACGGGUACGUGGCUGAAAUUAUUAUGUUUUCAAAGCGCCAUAAUAUUCCUAAUUCUAACUACAGUGUGUACGAAGAUCUUUUAAAAUAUUUGUUAAAUACAGUUUCUAAGUAUCUCAAAUAAACUGAAGACAAAGUACAAACGAGUGCCAGAAUUAUUUAGGUUUUGCUCGGGUUGGAAUUCCCUCUACCAGUCCGAAAAAUAGGCGUGAUUAUGUAUGUGGAUUACCAGUUUAUUUUGUUAAUUUCAGAAAGGAUAUUUAUUGAGUUUUCCUUGUAUUAUUACCGAAUAUUUCCUAUUGCCGUUUUAUUCUCCUUAAUGCCAAUAUUCAAAGGAGAUAGAUUAUUGUAUUGGCUUAUAUUUAAUUUUAUUUAUUUAAUAUUACUACUUUAGCUAAUAAGAUGGUAAUUUUGACAAGCUGCCACAUAAGCCAGUUUUAACCCUAAUACCUUAAAGCAAAUAAACAGUAAUUGAUCAAAUUUUCAUUAUAAUUGAGAAUUAUUGGUAUUAUGAAUAUUUUGGUUUAUUAAUGGGUAAAUAUUUUAGUGCCAUAAAUUUUCCUGCGAGUAUUUAAGUGUGUCACCAUCAUUUUUCUUAAGAUAUUUGACUAUGGAAAUGAAUGGAAAUAUGUGGUGUAAAUGAUCGAAGGAGCGACGAUACUAAAAUUAUUAAGAAACAGUAUCAAAGAAAUUAUUCAUAACUUUUUAUUUAUCUAGUAUAAGGCCCAGAGCCCAAGCUAUGUAAUGCGCCUGGAAUAUAAAAUUAAGCUCCAGCUGUUUUUUGUUAAGCUCAAAGAUAUAAACUGAUUAUCGAUUAUUAAAAAUCCGUGGAGAACAAUGGAAGGAAGAAAAAUGGAGAGUCCGUGAUCGAAUGGUUACGGUGCCCGGCUAAAAACGCACUUAAUGCGUGUGUGGGCACAGGUUCAAAUCUUACCUCGGUCAUGUACCAAUGACUCAUUAGUUAUGUAUUAGUUUGAGUGCUUACCGAUGCUCUUUCGGUGAAAGAAAACUUCGUGAGGAAACCUGCUUAUUUAGGUAACUGAAUGUGGAACAAUGAUCCAAUAUUCUUAGGUUCCCCUGCAAAGUUUGCGGAGGUCAGACGGGAGUCACUUUGGGUAAAAACUUAACUGGGCGAGUUAGGUUUUUACACGAUCCAAUCUCAAUGGCCAAUUAUGAAUCCAAGAUCAAGGGCGAAACAAGUACUUCUCUCCAGAGUGGUGAGGAUGUAUUGGGACUAACGCCAGGAGGAAAAAGAAGAAGAUACCCGCAUUACGUUUCGUUAUUUACGAUUCUUUAAAUGAUUUAAAAAAAAAAAUUAACCCCUUAUUAUUAACAUCACGAUAAAAAUUUAUUAACAAAAGCUGAGUUUUUGGUCUUUGAGCUUGAGGUUAUAAUUAUAAAGACUGGAGUGCAGGUUCAAGACUGACUUGCUACAGCUGCUAUUUUACAGGGCCUAACCAAUUUACGUUGUAAAACAUUAUAUUUAAGUUAAAUUUAACACAAAAUGUUGCACUUUAAAAACUCUACUCUAUUUUAUAAAUAAAUUAAUCUUAAUAACUUAAUAAUUUAUUUUUAAAUGUAACAAGAUUUAAGUACCUACUUUUUAUUUUGUAAUAUUAUUAUUGAUAUGCAAUGUAGGUAGAGUAGGAUUUCAAUAAAAAGU